AUGGAUGAGACUCUGGACCGCGCUCCAUCUCCCGGCAAUGUGGAUGAUCUGUUCGACUACGACGCUGGCCUCGAUGAGAUCUUCCAAGACAAGCCAACUACUGCGUCUAACGCCGAUGCCUCCAAACCGGCCGCAGGCGAUCCCACUUCAUUAGGUCUUGGACUUGACGAGGAAGUUAAGAUUACCAAGAAAAGACAGCCUGCACCAAAGCUCGACGAAGCCCGCCUACUAUCACAGCCAGGAAUCCCCAAGUUACGCCGCACAGCUAGGCGGAAGCUUAAAUUCAAGGGCAAAGGCUACGAGUUCCCAGACGCCGAGCGACUAUUAAACUUCUAUCAACUGUGGCUCGAUGACCUCUAUCCUCGCGCCAAGUUCGCAGACGGUCUGACCAUUAUCGAGAAACUGGGCCACACCAAGCGGAUUCAGACUAUGAGACGAGAGUGGAUCGAUGAGGAGAAGCCAAAAUUGUUCGAUGAUACGAUCGACCAGCCCGACACGCGGGAUGUUUCCACGGCAAUUGCCACUGAUCCAAAUGGUUUCGAGUCUUCAGAAACGCGAGCUUUCAAUCCCUCCGGGUCCCACCAAGUGGGAUCAGACACGGCCGAUCAAGACUUGUUCAUGCCGGAUCCCGAGGCAGAGACGAGAGCUCUAAUCAGUCAUCCCGAGCCCGAUGAUGAUGAUCUCGAAGAUCUUCUGCGGGAGCAAGACGAGGUCAUGUCCGGAAUGCCGGAGCCAGCCUCGAAAGCUCCCAAUGAAGCCAUGGACGACUUUGACGCCGAAUACGAAGCUAUGAAUGACUUGGGCUUGUAA